GGUGGCUGGACACCUCCAAUGGAGCGUGCAGCUCUCUGGCCAUAGCAGCGGCCUUCCAGGCUCUCGGAAACCAGUCAGCACAGACGCCGGCCGGCUGGCUGCAUGGAGGGCCCCGCCGAGCAUCCUGCUUGGUGACUGCCUUCCCGUGGGCUGGCAGGGGGGAGAGCUUGACUGUCACCCCCCACCCAGGGGUGCUCCGGGCCAUGGCCGAAGACAAGACCUUCCGCUACGGCUUCAUCAUCCUGGGCUUGUUCCUGCUGGCCGUGGGCAUGUUCAUCAUGACGGCCGACCGGCCGCAGGUCUACAUCACCUUCUGCGUCAUCGGCGGGAUCAUGCUGAUCUCGGGGGUCGUUUGGAGCAUGUGCCAGUGCUACCCCAAGAUCGCCUUCGUGCCGGCUGACACAGAUUUCGAGAGCUUCCUCUCCCCGAAGGCUCGGGGCCCUCCAGAGGACGGCAUUCCGGAGAAGAAGGGCUCCCAGCCUCCUUACUCCCGAUUAGAGGAAGACGAGGCCCCCAUGCAGAGCCCACCUGACUACCAGCACAUCCAGAUGAAGGUCUUCGGGUGCGGGGAGGACCAGGGGGUCCUGUCUGCCCCGAGCCUGGCCCCGUCUGAGCUCCAAGCUGGAGAGGGAAGGGCCACCUACUCAGAGUCCUUCCUAGAGACAACUGUUGUCGUGCACCGGGGCCUGGACAGCACGGAGGCCGAGAGACCCCAGAGUCUGCCUGAAGCCAGCUGGCCACCUGGCCCCCCCAGCCCGGCGGCCCCCCUGGCCUCCUUCCCAGAAGACCCAGACUCUAGUGGGGAUGGCAGCGGCGGCAGCAGUGGGAAGCCCUCCCCUCCGGAGGAUGGGAAGGUGGCCGAUCGCUACCCGGACUUUGUCCUCAUCGAUGCCGCUGGGGGUGACGGGGAUCCCCUAGAGCCAAGCCCCGGCCCCAGCCCCUCGCCCAGCCAUGGUCCUGCUCCAAGCUUCUGGCCGGGGCCCAAGAGGGGCCUAACUGCUCCCAGGGAUGCAGUGGCCGAAGGAGACCUUCAUGAGCCAGCAGAAGAGAAGGAAGUGGCCCCUGGGGAGCCCGAGGAGGAAGAGGAGGAUCUGUAUUAUGGCCUGAAGGAUGGGCCGGAGGGAGGCCUUGAAGAUGAGGAGCUGUUUGACUUCGAGCCGGACUCAUAGGCCUGGAGAGGGACUCUGGGGCCCUCCUUGUUCCAGCCCUGCUCUGACCUCCGGCUCACUGUACGGCCUUGGCUGAAUCACUUCCCUGCGGCUCGGUGUUCCUGGCCUGUAAAAUGGGGGUAUUCAUACAUUAUGGGGUUUCUGUGAAAGUCCCCAACAUUGUGCAUAGGAAAGUUCUCGUCCGGGUGGGCAGCCCACUCCUGGGUGCUGACUGAAGCCCACCCAUGGCUCAUCCUGUCCAGCUCUUGCCUGUGCCUUGCCUGUGCCCUUCCCAGGCUUGCCAGCUUUGAGCUGGAAGGGGCGAGUUAAGGGACUGACCCAGGGCCACCGAGCUAGGAAGUGGCUAAGAGAGAAUCCAAUCCCAGAAUUCCUGACUCCAAGUCCCGUGCUCUGUCCCCUGAGCUAGGCUGCUCCCCUCCCCCCCCCCCAAGGACUAACCUGGGACUUUUAGGGCUCUGCCAAGGAGAGAGGGCACGUCCUCCCUGCAGCCACCAUACCAGAUGGCACAGGGUCUGCAGAGGGCCACUAGAUACAUAGACAGAAGCAUCCCCCCAUAGUGGCCUCCUAUAGAAAUGGCAACCCUUAUAUAGUGCCUUAAAGUUUGAAGGCAUUUAUCUCAUGUGUUCCUCACAACAACCUCGUGAGGUAGGUGCUAUUAUUACCUCAUUUUACUAAGAGGAAACUGAGGCUGAGAAAGACCAAAAGACUUGCCAGGGGUCAUAAGACAGGAUUCAAACUCAGGCCCCACCUUGACACUAGUUGCUUUCCUCGAAGGUUCCAUUUCCUGUUAUUUCCCCCUUUCCUAGGCUUGACUUCCGCCCCCAAUACAGAAGUACAACUAAACCAGAACCAGGUGGAUUAUGGGUGACUCCCAGGACACAGGAUGCCCAGGGUCCAGGGGAUGGUGGCACCUACCAAUCUAAGGGCACCCUGAAGCUCUCUCCUUCUCGCCACCCACCUCUCAUCACCACACCUGUCGUAGCCUUCCUCUUCCGGGUACAGGGUCUUCCUCCUCCCCAUCUCUCUUGCUUUGGACCAGUCAGACUCUAUUUCCCAUCAUCCUUGGCCUCAAUGACAUCCAUUGACUGUUACUGUUGUCAGCUAACCAUUAAUGUGGUUUUUGAGUGUGUAUAGAAUGAAUUGAUGAGGAGCCGGGAGACUGGCUCUAGCCUGGAUCCCAUCCGUAACUAUCAGUGUGGCCUUGGCCAAAUCGCUUCUCUGUAGGCUUCCCAUGUCCUAGUUUCCUCAUCUGCAGAGCAAGGAUGGCUCAAGGUCAGCAGAGGCUGGGGGGCAGUCUAUGAAGACAGGCUGUGAAGGUAGGGACACACAGGUUCAUUACAGUGUACAAAUACAGUGGAAUAUUAUUAUGUCGUAAGAAAUAAGGAAGGAGAUCAUUUCAAAGAAACCUUAGAAGACUUGUCUUAACUGAUGCAGAGGAAAGUGUAUAGAACUGGGAGGACAAUUUAUACACUAUCAACCUUGUAAAUAAAGAGCUGAGUUCUAAUCCUGCCUCUGGGUGGCCAAAAGGGACAGGAGGAGGAGGCUUUAGCAUCACCUUGAAGCCAUCAAGAAGCCAGUUCCUCAGGGAAAUAAGCCAGGAAUAGGCUCAAGAGCAGUGAGAACAGCUUUCCCCAAAAAAUUCCAUUUCACUAAAGGAGGAGCCUCAAGUUAUGACUUGUCCUUUUGGAAUUAGGGGGCACCAUGGAGAGAGUGCUGCAUCUGGAGUCAGGAAGACCUAAGUUCAAAUCUGGUCUCAGACACUUAGUAAUUAUGUGAGCCUGGGCAGGUCAUUGAACUCUCUUUGCCUCAGUUUCUUCAUCUGUCAAAUGAGUAGGAGAAGGAAAUGGCAAACCACUUCAAUAUCUGCCAAGAAAACCCCAAGUGGGCCACAAAGAGCUGGACACAACGGAAAUACUGAACAGCGACAGAUAAAUACGAAGCUUGAAUUUCUGAUGGCUUCCUGAGGCGGGGCUGAGGAUGGGUCAGAAGAUGACAUAGUGAGAAGCAAGCAGAUAUUCCAGGAAGAGAGGACUAAGGACCGUGGAAGGAUGCUGAUCUUGCCAGCAAGGGUCCAUUUAGUGUAGGAACAAAUAGCUCCCCCCUCCCCGUCCCCUAGUAAGCCCAGAGAAUACCAUUAGAUUAUAGCACAGCCCGAGGAGACCUCAUUCAACAAGCCCUUUAGGAACCCAGGCUCCUGGGCAUCCUCACCGGCAGGGAAAUUAUCCAGAAGUGGAUUUCAGUUCAAUAUGAGGGGAAGCUUCUUAACUGAUCUGUCCUUGAAGGGACAGUCCUGAAGAGUUCGUCCCAGUCGUGGAGGUGCUUCGGGAGAAAUUGGGUAGCCAUGUGCUGGAAAUGUUGUAGAGGGAGCUCUGGGUAAAGAGGAAGGGAAUAUGCAUUCAUUAAGCAGCUGCUUUGUGCCUGGCACGGCGCUAAUUGUUUCAAUUAUUAUCUCAUUUGAGCCUCAAACAACCCUGGGAGACAGGAACUGUUAUUAUCUUCAUUUUAUAGCUGAGAAAAAUGAUCCAGACAGAGGUCAAGUCACUUAUCUAGAGUCACACAGGUAGGAAGUGUUUGAAGCUGGAUUCGAAUUCUGAUCUUCCUGACUCCAAGUCCAGUGCUCUAUUGCUCUACCAUUGUACCACCUCACCAUCUAUGGUAUAUCGGAGUCUUUCUGGGUCUAAGAUUCUGGUGUGUGUGUGGGUGUGUGUGUGUGUGUGUGUGUGUGUGUGUGUGUUGGGGAUGCUCCAGUAUCCUUAGUCCUGAGUCAUCAGCCGUGCCCCAUUUCAGGUUCAAGCCCUCAGGUGAGGUGAUACUCCUGGGCUCACACAUCUUAGUUAUGUGUUAGAUGAAGAAACUGACACAGAGAAAUAGUGGGGAAGGUGCAACCAAGUCACCACGUACAGCCAUGGAUUCAUUGCUCAGGGAUCCAUCUCAAGAGAAAUGGGGACAUUCCAUACUUGGAUAGAGAAUGGCAGAGACCUUCCCUGCUUCUGGGACCUUGGGUUCCUCAGUCUCCUUAAAUCUGUUUUCUCCUCUAUAAAAUGGGAGUUUGGGAUGGGUCAGAUUAAUUGGUAUCAACAGUCCAUUUUAGAUCUAACAUCCUAUACAGUCUUUAGGGAGGGGACGGAAUUCUCAGCCAUGAGAACACGUUUCCUGGCUUGUGUCUCUCCAUCUCCUAAAUUAUUUCUACCUCAAAGAAUCGAAUUUCUGGCAAGGAAGUGUGGUGUUGUCUGUAGUAAAUCUUGUUUGUUUUUUUUCAAAGUAUCAGCUUCUAGUCUUAUUUAUUAGUUUAAUAGUUCUAUCACUUUUGAUUUUAUUAAUUUCUCCCUUAAUUUUUAGGAUCUCUAGUUUGUAGUAAAUCUUAAUAAAUGUUCACUGAUGGAUGGACUGAUGAUUGUUAAUGAAGACUUUCACAAUAGUGUCUUUGAGUAGUCAAGGAAAGAUGAAUGUGGUUCAGUGACUGACAAACUGGAAGUGGAAUAAGAGGAAUUAGGUCUGAACCUGACUGGGAGGUCUUAGCCAUGUGAGCUAGAUCUCUCUAGGUCACUUUUUCUCUACAUAAGAGGAGAGGGUGGAAUUGGGUGAUCUCUGCAGUUCCAUCCAGUUUGAACAUUCUGUGAUCUAUAAUUGAUAUGUUGUUGUUCACCCUUCAUUUCUGAAAAGGACCAAUGGUAUCAUCGGUGAUGUCUUGACUUGUCUUCUACUAUAAUUCAAUGAAUCUCCUGGAAGUUUUGAAUCCCUACAGCUGGGCAGAGAGCAACCCAUUCUAUACCUUCUCACCUUAUGUGACUUAUUUAUGUUCUUCUGUCAUUUCUGCCCCCCAUGCCUAAUCUAUGUGCUGGGGUCCUUCCUCUAGAUUUAUGGAUAUUAUCUAUAUGCCAGUGGAGAUCAUGGGAUAGACAUUGAUGAUUCCUGGUUCUCAUUAUGUGACUGGCCCACCUCCCUUUCAGUUCAUAGAUCUUUUCAAUGUCAUCUUUUAUACUGUUUCUGCCCAAUCAUAGGACCCCAACUCUAAAUCUGGAAGUGACCUCAGGGACCACCUAGCUCAGUCCUGUGAAGAUGGGAUUAACUCUCCCCUUGCCCAUUUUUAGAUUUAAUCACCAGAAACAUAUGUACCCCACUUAUCGUUAAGUAUGGGGAAAUCUAUGACCCACAUGUGCUAUAGUAGGUGACAAAUCAAAAUUGAAUGACUGUCUUCUGGGCAGUCCUAAGCAAAGAUAUAGCUGCAAUUGGUCCAUGUAAAGUGGAAGGAAGGCACAGGAAGUGACAACAGAAAUGGUCUUUAAAAGUGGAAAAAACUUCCUGUGACCAGCUUUCGCAAUUCCCCCCUGAGAUCCUUUAGAAGACUAGUCUCCCCAAUGGAUCAUUUGACAAUCAUCUUGUACUCCUAAAAAUCUUCUAACUACAGGUGCAUACAAUAUUGAACCUUCUAGGAGGAAACUACAAUAUUUAGAGAUAAGAGGGAAAUAGAAGAGAGAGAGACAGCAAAACCAAUGUUUGCUAGGCACAUUGACAAAAAAAGCCAAUUGGGAGGGGUGGUCCCCUUUGGCAUAAGAGUUUACAUUCAAAAUAACUGUGUUAAACCCCCUUCAGUUCAAUCAAUUGUAUCCCAAAGUUUACUCUGGAUAUUUUAAUGAAGUGUAGGUUUCUGCAGCCAUCUUUCUCCAAACAGUUCGUUUUCUGGAUUCAAGGAGUUAGCAAGCUUCUUUCCCUGGAAUUUAAAAAAAAUUUUUAAUCUUAGCUUUUUAUGAAAAUAUAUACAGCCCUCUCAUUUUACUGGUGAGGAGACUGAGAUUCAGAGGGGUUGUGAUUGGACCAACCUUCAAUUCUUUUUUAAAAAAUAUUUUUUAUUUUACCAAUUUCAUGUAAUAACAAUUUUCCACAUAAGUUUUCUGAAGUUAUAAGACCCAAAUUGUCUCCCUUCCUCCCUUCCUUCUCCCUUCCCAGAGAUGGUAAGCAAGUUGAUCUGGGUUAUCAUGCAAAACAUAUUUCCAUAUUGUUUAUUUUUCUAAGAGAAUAAUCAUAUAAAACCAAAACCCCUAAAUAAAAACCCAAGUAAACUAAAGUGAAAAACCUAUACUUUGAUCUGCAUUCCAAUGCCAACAUUUCUUUCUUGGAGUAUCAUGAUAGCAUUCUUUGUCAUAAGUUCUUAAGAACUGUCCUGGACCAUUGUAUUGCUGAGAGUAGUUGAAUCUUUCUCAGUUAAUUCCACAAUAUUUCUAUUACUGUGACCAAUGUUAUCCUAGUUCUGCUUAUUUUACUUUGCAUCAGUUCAUGUAGUUUCUUUCCAGUUCUUUCUGAAAUCAUCCAGUUCAUCAUUCUUUAUAGCACAAUAGUAUUCCAUCACUAUCAUAUACCACAAUUUGUUCAACCAUUCCCCAAUUGAGGGAUAUCAACUUAAUCUCUAAUUCUUUGCCACCAGAAUAAAAGAUUGCUAUAAAUAUUUUUAUAUAAGUAGGUCCAAUCCUCUUUUUUUUAAAUUUCAUUGGGAUAUAGACCUAGUGGUGGUACUACUGGAUCAAAGGAUAUGUGCUGUUUUAUAGUCCUUUAGGCAUAGUUCCAAAUUGCCCUCCAGAAUGGUUGGAUCAGCUCACAGCUCCACCAACAAUGCAUUAGUAUCCCAAUUUUGCCACAUCCUCUUCAACAUUUCCUUUACUGUCAUAUUGGCCAAUCUGAUAGGUGUGAGGUGGUACCAUAGAAUUGUUUUAGUUUGCAUUUUCUCUAAUCAAGAGUGAUUUGGAACAUUUUUUCAUAUAAUUAUUGAUGACUUUAAUCUUUUCAUCUGAAAACUGCUUGUUCAUAUCCUUUGACCAUUUAUCAAAUGGGGUUUGUAUUCUUAUAAAUUUGACUUUUGAGAAAUGAGGCCUUUAUCAAAGAAACCUAUUAUAAAUUUUUUCCUAAUUUGUUUCUCGUCUAAUCUUGGUUACAUUGGCUUUGUUUGUGUAAACAUUUUUAAAUUCAAUAUAGUCAAAAUUAUUUAUUUUACAUCUUAUAAUGUUCUCUUAUCUCUUGUUUGGUCACCUUCAAUUCUUUGUAGACUGUGAUAUUCCAUUCUUUGUGGCCAAAUGGCAUAACAAGAGGAAUACUGUUGUCAAGGAAGUGAGUUAUCUCAGUAGGGGUGCCACGUCCUCAUUGCCCAGUUUUUAGUGACCUUGCUCUUCUCAAAUGACCAUUUGUAUUUACUUAUCUUUAUACACGUUGCAUUCUCCUACUAGAAUGUAAGCCCCUUGAGGGCAGAGACAGCUUAAUUUUCUUUCCUCUUUAAUGUAGAAACUUCCCUAACCUUACAUGAGUCCCCUGAGAACAGGUAGCAUGGUGAAUAGAGUGCCAGCCCUGGAGUUGGGAAGACCUGAGUUCAAAUCUGGCCUCAGACACUUCUUAGCUGUAUGACACUAGGCAAGUCAUUUAACCAUGAUGGCCUAGUCCUUACCACUCUUGUGUCUUAGAAUUGAUACUUAAACAAAAGAUAAGAUUUUUAAAAAGAUAAAUGGAGAUGCAAUAGAUAAGGAACAAAGGGAUGAACUUUGGGAUGGGCACCAAGAUGGCACUAAUAGGUAUGAUGCCCAAAAUUGACACUAACUAUCCUUUGCCACACCUACCAUAUUGAGAUGCCCAUCAGUUACUUGGGCACAUAUCACACCCCCCUACUAGACUGUAAGCUCAUUGAGGGCAGGUACUAUGUGGUUUAUCAUCUUUGUAUCCCCAGGACCUGUACACGACCCUACACCUAGUAAAUAAGCUAUUAAUAAAUGUUUUGUUGAAUCAAA